GAAUAGAGAGGGACUCGAAAACAAAAACCAUUCCGUGCAAAGAAGUCCAUUCAGACAAAGUAUCUGAAUAGAUCAACGUCUUUUAAUGCGAACGGAUGUUUUAACGCUUUCCCUGUGUGUGGAUUGAUAUUUCAUGCUCCAGCAUUGCCUCAGCAGAUGGAUUUUAGCCAUUGCAGCUCAGCAGAGGGUGUCCGAUCUUUCAGUAAGCAUAACGCUGGAACUAGCAGAGCCUUUUGGUAACCCUCUUUACUAUUCAAAAACACAAGACGCGAACUGGGGAACAAGGGAAGAAACUGAAAGAUGCAAGGAUUGCGGAUUUUUUUUCCAAGGCAUCGUGAACUAGAGCAAAUCUUCGGAUUGGGGCGUGAUUUCAGCACCGGGGGAUAGAGAACAGCACCCAUUGAAAAUACCGCACUGCAAGAAAAUCACGGAUUUGUAAAAUAUGCAAGGUCAGUUAUCAUCACACUGAAACAAAAUGCGCCCGGUAAUGUUGCGUCUUGUCUCUUUUUAUUCUCAUCUAAGGCGUAAUGAUAUUACUUUCAAAAGGAAUCGAUCGGCGAGACGUCUUUUGUGAUCAUUGUAAACUAACAGUAGGCUACAUGUCUGUAUGUGGCUAGAUUAUUAAGCAUGGAUGCAGUCACUGACGCUCCCGUUGUUUUUUUGACGUGGAGAUGUAUUCCGUUUUAAAAAAUCCCUGACAAAUUCCUGCAUUCCGUAGCCUAAUUGCAUUCAUGUCUUGAUAUCGGGGAUGAAUUGUUCGUAUUAAAAAUGCUGUUUUGGAUUUUGAUGCUGAAGGCAGCUCUUUGUGUUGCUAUUGGAAAUGUUACAAGGGACAUCUGUAAAGAGCAGAUCUGUUCCUGCAAUGAAAUAGAAGGCGAUUUGCACGUUGACUGCGAAAAAAGGAGCUUUUCUAAUCUGCACCAUUUGACUGGCCCGAGUUCUCAAUUUUAUCACCUACUACUGCACGGAAAUUCUUUGUCCAGACUGUUCCCCAAUGAGUUUGCAAACUUUUACAAUGCUGUUAGUUUACAUUUGGAAAACAACGGUUUGCAUGACAUCGUUCCAGGAGCUUUUCUGGGAUUGCAGCUUGUUAAACGAUUGCAUAUAAAUAACAACAAGCUCCGGUCUUUCAAGAAGAGUACAUUUAUUGGAUUGGACGACCUGGAAUAUCUACAGGCCGAUUUUAAUCUACUGAGAGAUAUUGACCCAGCUGUGUUCAGAGAUUUAAAUAAACUUGAAGUUUUAAUUUUAAAUGAUAAUCUCAUCAGCGCACUUCCGAAUAAUGUGUUUCAACAUGUUCCAAUAACCCACCUCGACCUCCGUGGGAACAGAAUUAAAACGUUGCCGUAUGAAGGAAUUCUGGAACAAAUACCAGGGAUUGCUGAGGUUUUACUGGAAGAUAACCCCUGGGACUGCAACUGCGAUCUCGUUUCCCUAAAGGAAUGGCUUGAGAAUAUCCCGCAUAAUGCUUUGAUCGGGAGGGUCAUUUGCGAGGCCCCGACGCGACUGCAGGGGAACGAUUUGAACGAGACAACAGAAAUCGACCUGUGUCCUUCUGAGAACGGGAUGGAUUCCAGUUUGGUUGCGCCACCCACCAGGGACCAGACCCCCGGAACGUUCCCAACGUCUUCUAAAAGAAAUGGUGAAAAAGAAUCUCCAACUCCUGGAUCUGGACACAAAGGACGCUCAAAAUCACGGGAAAACUGGCAGCUGAAAACCAAACCGACGGCUACAGCAUCUGUAAACGAGAAGAGCGAAAAGCUGUACAACGCCUCUUGUCCACGCUCAUGCAGCUGCAAACUACUUGAGCCUAGGCAAUGGUUGAGGAUUAAUUGCGAUAGCAAAAAAAUUGAGACCCUGGCUGAUCUGAAACCUAAACCCCUUAAUGUGCACGAGCUAAAUCUAAGAGACAACAGCAUUACGGCUGUCGGAAAGAACCAGUUAUAUGGGCUUCAAAAACUUAAUCUUCUUGACUUGGGGGCGAACAAUAUAAAAUUGGUUGAAAAUAACACUUUUCAAAAUCUCACCGAAUUGAGAUGGCUAUAUAUGGAUAAGAACUACCUGGAUACUCUUUAUAUGGAAAUGUUUGUUGGAUUGCAAACCUUGGAAUAUCUCAGUUUGGAAUAUAAUGACAUACAUCUUAUAGUGGCUGGCACAUUCAACCCAAUGCCCAAUCUAAGGGUUCUGUUCCUCAACAACAAUUUGCUGAAAUCUCUGCCUAUGAAUGUUUUCCUUGGAGUUUCCAUGUCACAAAUUAGCCUGCAUAACAACUAUUUCACAUUCCUCCCUGUGGCCAAUAUAUUAGAUCAGCUUGUGUCCAUUAUAAAAAUUGAUUUGCAUGGUAAUCCAUGGGAUUGCUCAUGCAACAUUGUACCCUUAAAACAAUGGGCAGAGAAGCUAGGAUCAGAGGUUAUCGUAAGUGAUCUACAAUGUGAAUCUCCAGAGGAAUUCUGGAAAAGAGAUUUCCGAUCAAUUGGAAAUGAUGUUCUUUGUCCUCUACUCUAUGGAAAAAUUGUACCCACAUCUUUAUCUAAAAACACCUCUGCAGAUGCAGGGACACAUUCCAACUCAUAUCUAGAGCCGAGCAGAGUAUCCAUCUCUGUUUUGGUCCCUGGGCUGCUGUUGGUUUUUGUAACAUCUGCAUUCACAGUUGUUGGAAUGCUUGUCUUUAUUCUGCGUAACCGUAAGAGAUCUAAGCGAAGAGAUGGUAACUCUUCAGCAUCUGAAAUAAAUUCUUUACAGACAGUUUGCGACUCAACAUACUGGCACAGUGGGCCUUACCACGCAGAUGGAUCCCACAGGGGUUAUGAUUGUGGCACCCACUCACUCUCCGACCAGUAGUACAGAGAACUGUAAUGAAAGGAACCACGAAUACAAACAGAAAAUAAUAAAUAAACAGCUUUGUGUACUGCUCCAGUGAGCACUGAAGACAAGAUACAAAUGACAAAAGCUCUGUAUUUGUUGUCUCGGAUAUUGCCCACUUUGUCUCUGUUGACUGCUAGUGAGUCAUCGUUGCAGAACCAACUGUAAUAUAUGUAUAGAUAUCAUAUUCGGGUACUUGCUACAAUCACACUGAACUUUGGUGAAUAAGGAUUAGGUCAAAAACUCUGCACGAGGGCAUGAAUGUAAUGUACAUAUAUUAUACCUGCAUGAUCCGCAUGGUCUCAACAAACUGAUGAGACCCAUAUCAUUUUUACCAAGAGUCAUAAUCAACUUAUAUUUCAUGUUAUAAAUAUAUACAAUUCUAUAUGAAUAUAUUAAAAGUGCGAUUUCUCUAUUUUUUGUGAACAUGCAGUAAAAAAUUUUGUAUUUGUUGUUUCAGACUGCUACAAAAUAGAAGCUGGAAAAAAGACAAAAAAUACAGAAAGGGACAUGUAUAUGCAUGUAUUUGUUUAUAAGUUGAUUGUUAAUGGGUAUCAGGAUUAUUUAUAUUUCAUACAGAUGGCAGAUCUGCUGAGACAUCUGAAUGUAAAAUGUGUUAUCCUUAUAAUGUGCCAAUUGUAAACAUUCAGAGAUUCAGAAGCAGAUAGGCAUGACCAAUUAAUGUCACUCUUGUGCUUACGCUGCAACAGUAAUGCUGUAACAUGGUUUGUGUUAUUGUGUUAAUAUGCUUAUUUGAGAAAGAUAGGAACAUAUGAGGGUUUUAUAAUGGCUUAUUUUUUCAAAUUAAAAUGUUUUAAAUGAAAGCUGUUUCAGUAUGUACAUAGACAGUUUGAUCAGAGUUCAGAUGGGCCACAAUGCAUUUUUUAAUGGCACUGCUCCACAAAAGCAUUAAUUCUAAUAAUUGUGGAGUAUUGAAAAAAGGUAUUUAUUACAUUAAAAUAAAGACAAAGACAAGGAAUAAUGCGAUCUGCAAAUCCAUUCAGUUACAUGGAACAUUCUUGGGAACUAAAAGUAAUGCAAUUCAGCUUUAUAUGACUUUUUAUGUCCUAUAUCCAUAAUGGGAAAACUGAAACAUAUUAUUAAUGCAAGCUUUUGUAUGUCCAAUCUUCACAAUAAAGACUGGGAAUCUCAGUUUUGAUGAGAAGCAUGCUGUACAUUGAUCUACAUUCUAAUAGAAUUGCAUACUUAAAAUCAAGAAUAAAACAUCCAUUUACUUGCAAAUUGAAUUUUAAUCUGUUUUUAUCCAAAAAUCAACAAAUUCAUGUUAAAAUGUUGAUGGGCUUGCCAAUGCUUGUCAUCAUUAGGCUGUGUACGGUUAAUUUUAAAAUAACUGUAUACAGCAGCCAAUGUGCUGAAUAAAUGUAUAAUUACAUUAUUA